AUGUAUAUCAAACGAAUCACUAUUCAGGGAUUCAAAUCUUACAAGAACGAGACUAUCAUUGACUCGUUUUCUCCCCACCAUAAUGUGGUUGUGGGAAGAAACGGAUCAGGUAAGUCGAACUUCUUUGCAGCUGUGAGAUUUGUUCUCUCAGAUGCAUAUACAAAUAUGACUAGAGAAGAAAGGCAAUCACUUAUACAUGAGGGUUCCGGCACUGUUAUGUCGGCCUACGUAGAAAUUGUGUUUGAUAACACCGAUCGUCGUAUUCCAAUUGAUAAAGAUGAGCUGUCUAUUCGUCGUACUAUUGGUAUGAAGAAAGACGACUAUUCUCUCAAUUCCCGAUCGGCCACAAAAACCGAUAUUAUGAAUUUACUUGAGAGUGCAGGUUUCUCCAAAUCUAACCCCUACUAUAUUGUUCCACAAGGAAGAGUAACUGCAAUCACCAACUCGAAGGACUCUGAGAAAUUGGAGCUAUUGAAAGAGGUUGCAGGAGCUGAAGUCUUUGAGAAAAAAUUGAAGGAUUCUACCAGAGAGAUGAACUCUGCUAAUAAGAAGCAGGAACAGAUUGAUGAGAUGCUUAGGUAUAUCGACAGCAGGCUUUCCGAUCUUAAUAUGGAAAAGGAUAGUUUAAAGUCUUUUGAGAAGUACAAUAAUAAGAAGAAGGUGCUUGAAUUCAGUUUGCUCGAUCGGGAGAUGAAGACCUUGACUCAACAGAUUGAUUCGAUUGAAAAUGACUAUGCAGAUUCUCUACAGGAGUCAAAUUCUGCUGUCCAAGAGCUUAAUAUUCGAGAAAAAGUCAUUAAGAAACUUCAGGCCAAGCUAGCCGACUUGAAUUCUGACCGAAAGUUGGUGGAUAUAGAUAGGCAAGAGAGCUGUAGACAAGUUGAGGAUAUCCUUUUAAAAGUUGGAGAGACUAAAGCUCAUGUUAAGUCCGUCCAAUUGGAGGAGGCUUCUUUCAACGGAAACGAUGCACUUAAAUUGGAGGAGGCAAGGCAAGGUAUCUCUGAGAAAAGAGAGCAAUUGCAGGAGCUUACGCCGGAAUAUGAAGCUUUAAAAAAUCAGGAGAAAAGCCUCAAGGAGGAGUUGAAGAACAUGCAACUUGAGCAGAGAUCAUUACUCUCCAAAUGGGGUAGAAAUGCUCAAUUUUCGUCCAAGCAGCAAAGAGAUGAGUGGAUUGGACAUGAGAUGGAUGGACUCAAAAAAUCUUUGAACGAUAAGAAAAAUGAAUUGCGCUCCUUAGAAGAUGUGGUUGAGUCCGUCACUACUGAUGUUGAUUCCAAGAAAGCAGAAAGGGAAAAGCUUUCUGAUAUUCGUCAAUUAACUAGUGACAUUUUCGACGUUGAGAAGGUUCUCUAUGAUUUCAAACUUAAGUGCUCGUCAAUGAUUGAUGAGAGAAAGCAAUUGUGGAGAGAAGAGAGUAAACUUAUAAGCAUCAUGGAAACCUAUAAAGAGGAGAAGUCUAAAGCACAGGAAGAAUUAAACGAAACCAUGGAUAGCUCCAUUUCUAAGGGUCUUGAAGCUGUACACAGCAUUACCAACAGAUUGAAGUUGAGUGGUGUCUAUGGAUCUCUGGGAGAACUAAUCGAUGUUAGCCAGAAAUAUAAAACAGCUGUGGAGGUUGUGGGUGGUAAUGCCUUGUUCUAUGUUGUUGUUAAUAACGAUCAGACCGCUUCUCUAAUUAUGGAACAGCUCAUAUCUGAAAAGGCAGGACGUGUCACCUUUAUGCCUCUUAAUAAGCUUAGCAAUAAGUCUGUCGAAUACCCUAAAGGUGACGAUUCAGUGCCGCUUAUCAAAAAGAUUGCCUAUGAAGAGUUCCUUGAACCUGCCAUCAAGCAGGUGUUUGGAAAUACAGUGGUGUCUAUCUCUUUAGAAAGAGGGGCAGAGUUAGCCAAGUCUUAUAACUUGAAUUCAGUCACAUUAGAUGGAGACAGAUGCAGUAACAAUGGAGUUCUUUCAGGUGGUUUUUGGGAGCACACAAAAUCUCGCUUUGACUGCUUGAAGAAUAUUAAUAAGUGGAAUGCUGAAGCGGAGUUGGUGAAAGAAAAGCUAGAAGGAGUAAAGGAAGAAAUACAGGCUAAAGAUUCUACUAUCACGCAGAUCAAUGAGAAGAUCAAUCAGCAAAAAAAGCAGUUAGACUCUAAACUUGAAGAAAAGGAUUCUAAGGAGAGUGAAUUGGCUAAAAUUGAUAGCGAGUUGGCUGCUGGAGGUCAAGAAUUGGCCACCUAUGAAUCCAGAAUCAGUACUGUUAACAGUGCUAUUUCUUUAAUCGAAAGUCAGAUUGAUGAUUAUAACAGUGAGUUGAAUUCUGAAUUUGCUGAUUCUUCCUCUUUACAGAAGUCUGAGCAGGAGGCCCUAAAUGAAUUGAAAACGUGUAUUCCCAAAAAGCAGAGUGAUUACGGUGAGUGCUUAGACAAAUUGCAGUCUCUCGAGUUGAUACGCUCAAGAUUAUAUUCUGAGUUGAACGAGAAUUUGAUUCCAUUAGAAAGCCGAUUAUUCAAGAGGGCUUCAACGCAAGAUUUGGGCAGAAGUGGGUCCAGCAGCUUCCAAAUACGAGAUCUCGAUAGACAACUUGAAUCCCUUGAGAGAACAGAGAAAAAAUUGAAGGACACUGAGGCCUCAUUGGCUGAAAAGUUGGAUUCUCUUGAUGCUGAUAUUGCAGAGUUACAAGAGGAGAUACAGAAGGCAGACGAAGCUCAAGAUGCCUUAGUUAGAAGAUUGGGAGGCUAUAGCAAGAACAGUGAGAAAUCACUUAGUAAGAAGUUUGCUCUCAGAAGAAGAAGAGAUGAUAUCAAUAAGAAGAUCAAAAAUUUGGGCCUUUUGCCGGAUAAUGCAUUUACGGAGUACACAAAGGUAUCAUCCAAUGAAAUCUUGAAGGAGCUUAACGAGGCAAAUGAUCAAUUAAAGCAGUACACCCAUGUUAACAAGAAAGCUUUAGAGCAAUAUAUUAAUUUUAACAAGCAAAGGGACUCGUUGACAGAAAGGCGGAAGGAACUUGACAGUGCUAAAGAAUCCAUUGAGGAAUUGGUUUACGUGCUUCAAAAGAGAAAAAAUGAUGCUAUUAUUCAAACUUUUAGGGAGGUCUCUGUUCGUUUCAAGGAAAUCUUUGAAAAGCUCGUUCCAGCUGGUACUGGUCGUUUAAUCAUUCAGAAGAGAAACGAAAAGGCGGUUGAAUCUCUAACGCAACUUCAAAGCGACGAUGCUGAGGAAGAUAUGGACGUCGAUGGUGCUCAUAAUGAUAGUAAAGAUAACUACAUUGGUGUGUCAAUAUCUGUUUCGUUUGGAGGCUGGAAUGCGGAGCAACUACGUAUAGAGCAGCUUUCUGGAGGUCAAAAAUCUCUCUGUGCUCUUGCUCUAAUCUUGGCAAUUCAAGGCUGUGACCCUGCUCCGUUCUAUUUGUUUGACGAGAUCGACGCAAAUUUGGAUACUCAAUACAGAACAGCGGUGGCUAAUCUGGUACACGACUUAUCCAGAAAUGCACAGUUUAUCUGUACCACGUUUAGGCGUGAAAUGUUAAAUGUCAGCGAUAAAUUCUUUGGUGUGAUUUACAACAACAAGGUGAGUACCGUUGUAGAGAUCGACAAAGAAGAGGCAGUGACAUUUGUGGAAGGUAUGCAGAAAUAG